AUGAAGGAAGGAAAGUCUCAAGUGAUAGAAGUUAGUGAAACAAAGAGCUUGGUAAGUACAAAGAUACAGCACAAGCUGGAACGAAUGGAAAGCAGCGAAGGCGCUGAGGCUGAAGAUAACAACGAGAUGGGCUACUCAACAAAACGGUCUUCACAAGAAAAACAGAAGUCGGAUGAUUCACUUGAGCCAAAGGCAAAACGGCAAAACUCCGAGCCUUUGUGCUUCCGCGUCGCGUGA